AUGAGCAAGCCAGCAAAGCCAAAGGCUGUUCAAGGACAACAGGCGGGAGCGUACAAGCCUGAAUCAGUCAAGGAUGUCGCCGAAUUCUUGAACAUAACAAUCUCGGAUUCUGUUGCCUCUUCGUUGGCCAGCGAUGUCGAAUAUAGACUACACCAGGUUAUUGAGGAGGCAGCUCGAUUCAUGCGGCACGGACGGCGAACCAUGAUGACCACGGUUGACAUCGACCAAGCAUUUCGCGUCCUCAACCUCGAGCCCCUGUACGGUCAUACCCCACACAAUCCCCCGACUUUCCGGCGUGCGCCGGCAUUCUCGCAUAUGCCUGCUGCUGGGCCCGUUUAUUUCGUGGAGGAUGAAGAGAUCGAUUUCGACCGUGUUUUGAGGGAAGAGAAGAUAUCCCUCCUACCAGGCGUGAGCUGGACGGCACAUUGGCUAGCAGUGGAAGGUGUUCAACCCCUUAUACCGGAGAAUCCUCCCGCCAUUCCGCGCGAUGUUGACCAGGAGGGCGGGAAGUCGCCACCUCGAAUGAAUGGGAUAACAGCGCCAAUGGUGCCCGCAGCAACUAAAAAACAGCAACAACAACAACAACAGCAACAACAGCUUGUCAAGCAGGUUCUGUCACGCGAACUGCAACUGUAUUAUAACCGUCUCACUUCUUCUCUACUUCCUUCAUCCUCGGACUUCACCAAACGAACAGCAGCACUGGCCAGCCUAAAAAACGACGCGGGGUUGCAGGCGCUGCUUCCUUAUCUCAUCAAAUGGGUCGGCGAAGGAGUGGUGGGUGCGCUCAAGGAUGGGUCGCAGAGUGAACAAGACGGUCGCAUGCUCGAGGUGCUCCUCGACGUCAUCAGUUCACUUAUGGAAAAUCAAACGUUGUUCGUCGAACCAUACCUUCAUCAAAUACUUCCACCGAUACUUUCUACCCUACUCCACUCUUCUUUACCCCCUACUCAUGCGACAUAUCUCCGUACAUCAGCAUCCCAGACGCUAUCGCGGCUGCUUACUCAACACUCAACAACAUACCCUUCGCUUUCACCCCGGAUAAUGAAGACGCUCCUUCUAGCUCUCAUAUCGCCGAAUAAAAGCAUAGGUACCCGUGAGGGUGCUAUCCGUGGCCUCAUGGGUGUCGGUAAGGAGGCUGUCAGAAAAGGCCUUGUGGAUGGCGGUGGCGCGAAGGUGGUGGGCAGCGAAUGCAGUGGUCCCGGCACCGCAUCGCUAAUAGAUUCUGUUAUGGCUGCGUUUGAGGUCCUCCACCCUCGCUCGGACAUGGCAGAUACACUUGAUAUGACACAAGAAGAAGACGUCGCUUUGAGAAGCAAGUUGCGGGAGGCUUUAGGCGACUUUUUCGCUGAAAGGAUCUCAGGAGACGCUGCCUGGUCUCGAGGAAUCCUUGGAGCGAGCAAUGGGACCUGA